AUGUGCAGUGAUGCAGCAAUCAUCAGCAACAGUCCACCCUGGUUAUUAGCUUCUUCUUUUGACGGGAACUUUAAUCAGAUUUCUGAGGAAGAAGUUCAGACCUUACUGGCAAGAGAGGGUAGAGAAAAGCUGUUUCUCCAGGGAGUCACCCUUGCUGGAAUCAAAUGUCUGUUGAUUCGAGACAACUUGUUCACCCAAGGCAACAACAGCAUGGAUCUCCGUACCAAAGGCCAAAGUCGAGGUAGCCAGGCAGUGACUGUAGUUCACAUGGAGUCUGUGUAUUUUGUGGUCAUGGGAAAGAAGGGGACAGAAGGAGGACCUCUCAACCUCAAAGCUUUUGAGAUAGCAGGCUAUAUAAAAGAAGCCAUUCUUCAAAAACUGGUUCAUGGCUAA